AUGCCAAUCGCUGCGAUAGAGGCUCUCGUCCUACUCCUAACGCACUCUCCCUCAUCGACGAUCUCCGAGACCCUCGACCUCUUAAAGACGCACACCGAACGACUAAAACGAGCUAUUCCGAAUCCCAUUGGUCUCUCGGCGGGGACAGACCUUUUCCAGCGAUAUAUAAUCAGUACACUGCAGAGACCCGGUAAACUUGGACCUGCAGGAGACUUUAACGCUAUACGAGCCCAUCUAUUAUCCAACGGCCGGCUGUUCAUCAAACGUGCAAAGGAGAGUAGGGACAAAAUUGCUGCGUUUGGAAGCGGAUUUGUGCGCGAUGGAAGUACCAUAUUGACCAACGGCGGCUCGCGAGUGGUCGGUGCACUUUUGAAAAAGGUCGCCGCCGAAGGUCAUGAAUUUAGCUCUUCUCCCGUGCGAUUCCGUGUGAUCUAUGUGGUCAAUAACGGGAACGAUCACGUCGAGCCCGACACGGAAGGCAUGGAUAUUGUUUUGGCCCUCAAGUCAAAAGGCGUACCCGUGGCGACGAUUCCAGAGUCCGCGGUGGCUUACAGUAUGGACAUGGUGGACAUGGUGAUUGUGGGCGCCGAAGGCGUGGUGGAAAACGGAGGUAUAAUCUCCCGGCUGGGCACGUAUCAGAUGGGACUAUUGGCCAAAUCGAUCGGCAAGCCGUUCUACGUUGUUGCUGAAAGCCACAAGUUUGUCAGGGUAUACCCACUGGGCCAGUAUGAUUUACCAAUCAGUCAGCGCAUCGUGAUUAACAUGAGAUAUAGCAGCGAGAGAGAGUCAGAAAGCCGUGCAGAUACUGAGUUGCGCAGCGCGAGCUGUAGACUCACGCCUCCGAAUCUGAUACACGUAAUACAGAAGAGAUGUCUUACCCCAGCGCGUCAGCGAAAGCUGAUCAAGAUUUAA